GUGACAUGCCAGGAUGCUACAAUUAGUUGAAAGGAGACAAUCGGGGAGAGACUUGUGGUUAAACGGUUAUGACAGUUAGAGUGACUUUCUAGACAAACUAGGCAGAGUGAUUUGGAGAGGUAGUGAAACAUAGUAGUCCAUGAAGAUUACCUGAUAUGACAGUGCUACACUUCCUUUACAAAUCUGCUACUGCUAUGGAGAAAGCUCAAGAAACAGUCUCAGACGAGCGAGCACCGAUUCAAAAACUCUAUCACGAGUUCGGUGAUAUGACAACAUUACACGGCAUGAGAAGGGCAGUCAGUAGCAACAAAUGCUGGAUACGUGGCAUCUGGACUUUGCUAGUGCUGGUUGGGGCAGGUCUAGCUCUGUAUCAGUUUAUUAGUAUAGUACGGGAGUUCCAGACCAGUCCAGUCUCUACUGUCGUGUCUAUCAAGUACCAACCACGUUUGGAAUUCCCAGCAGUAACUCUAUGUAACUUGAAUCCCAUCAGAUUGUCCAAAGCCAGCCAAGCUAUCAAAGAUCUUGUCAACGGAACAGAGACCCUUGAGCAGCAAAAUGCAAGACUUGAAGAACUUCUAUCAGAAAAUUCCACGGAAGAAAAAAUGUUGAUGGGACAUUCAAUGGAGGAUAUGUUAAUAGAUUGCAAGUUUAAUGGCGUAAGUAUUAGUGAAAUUUUGUUUAAAAAGUUUUUUUUUUGUUGAGAAUCCCCAACAAGUUAAUAUCACGAGCAGUGUGGUUAUAUAGCAUUACCUUUGUAAUUUUUAAAACAAUUUUCUCAACAUAACUUUAGCAUCUAGCUAUUAAUUGAUAUUAUUUCCUUUUUUCUUUUCAAUUAUUUAUAACGGAUUUAUAUGUGCUGACAAUAAGCUUAAAAAAAAAAGAAAUAGAAAUCAAAUUGCGAUUGUUUAAUAACCUUAUACAAUUGUAGACCUACAGACAGUUUUGUCUUACAACAGAAGGUAAUACGAUGUUCCAACUCUUGUAUAUAGUCUCACUGUGACUCACUGUGACUCUCACAUAUACAUAGGUCAGGUUCAUUAUUAAUGAACUCAAAAGUAG